AUGACAAAAAACAUCGGUGUUAUCUUCAAAAAGAUUCCAAACUCCGGGUUUCCCUCAAAAACAGAACACAUGGAAAUAGUUCAUCGAGAUAUCGACAUCCAAAACUACGAACUAUUUGACGGCGACAUACUAGUCAAAAAUCUAUAUAUGUCCGUGGAUCCGUACAUGCUUGGUCGUAUGCGCGAUCCCAGCAUUCCUUCGUAUAUUUCGGCAUUUAACGUUGGUCAUGUCUUGGAGGACACUGGCAUCUCGGAAGUUAUUAAAUCUAAAUCUGAUAAAUUUGAAGUUGGCGAUUUGAUCUACGCGAUGAUUGGAUGGGAACAUUAUACAUAUAUUCCUGCUUCGAACAUCGCUACAACUGUUCUUGCACCAUUACCCGGUGCACGAGAAUCCAUGGCGCGAAUCCCAUUAAGUUAUUAUGUCGGUAUACUUGGUAUACCAGGAAUGACUGCCUAUGCCGGACUAAAAGAAAUCGGAAAACCCAAAGCUGGGGAGACUAUUUUCAUUUCAGCUGCAGCCGGUGCAGUCGGAUCAAUAGUUGGACAAAUGGCCAAACUCGAAGGAUUGCGCGUCGUUGGCUCGAUUGUUCGUAACGAAAAGUCAAGUUUCUCGUUAAUGAGUUGA